AUGUUUUUAUUACCAUUGAUCUUGGUAGUUGGUGCUGCUGCGGGUGUGAAAAGACUGGCCGAGUCGAUUGAUCAUUCCAUUCGUGGAAAUAAUGAAAAGAUUUUGGACAUGAUGAAGGAAUCAGAGAAGAAGAAACGAAUGGAAAGAGCUCUCGAGUUGGAUCAAGAAACAACGAUGGCAGUUGAAGCUAUGAAGAGGGAAACAAAAGUUUCUAAUGAAGAAUUGGCAAGAUUAUUGUUAAAGAGAGCAACGAUUCGUUUGGAAGAUUCUAGAUUGGAAGAAUCGAAUGCAGAUUUGAAGGAAGCUUGGAGUUUAUUGGAAGCUUUGGAGGUGUCAGCUGUUAGAGACAGUUAUCUCACAAUGUAUUUGAAGGGUUCUAUUGAAUAUGCUAAUGGUGAUUUCCAAUCGGCUGGUGAUUCAUUCUUUAGUUCAAUUCAUUUGAGAGAAACUUUGGUCAAUUCGAAUAAUCAACCAUUAACCGAAGAUGAAAUUCUAGAAUUGGAAAAGGAAUUUGUUGAAUUACAAAUUAAUUCUAAAAAACCAAUUGAGCGAACUAUGAUUACAGUUUCUCAAAACUUUUCAAGAUUUUCCUCAAAUUUCAACAAUAACGUCAAGAACUUUUUCAAUCACAAUUUGAAAUUGGACACAACAAAGCCAAUUCUUAAGGAAAAACCAAAAACUUUGAUUUCACUCGAAUUAUUAUAUGUAAGGGCUGGUAUUUCCUAUUAUAAUUCAGCUCGUUAUGAGAAGGCCAUUACUCUCUUUAAUAAUGCCAUCUCUAUUGGAUUAGUUUAUGAUUCUGAUUUGUUGGAAUCUACUUAUUACAAUAGAGGACUUUGUUAUUAUUACUUGUCUAAGGAUCUUGUCAAGUAUGCUAUUGAGGAUUUCACACAAUCAAUUUCCUUAAUGCCACUCACUAGACAACGAGAACAGACCUAUUUGAUGAGAGCUUGUGCAUAUGGAAGAUUAGGUUUGAAUAAGGAGAAAGCAGACGAUGAAAGAAAGGCCAAGUUUAUUAAUCCAUUUUCAAGUCAAAUUUCGGCAUUUCAUAUUAGACUUUUGGAUGAUGAUACUCUAUUUAAUGUAUUAUCGUUCCUCCCCACAAGAACAUUGAUUACUUCAGCUGCAAGUGGAAAAGUUUGGAGAAAGGUCAUUGUGAAAUAUUUACAGAACUUUCAAGUACAAGUUUCCAUUGAUAGUUUAACACAUGAUAUUAAGGCAAAAGUGGAGGAUCCAAGAGGUAAGAUGGGCAAGAUAUUCCUUCCAAAUCAUCGAUUAACCUACAGGGAAUUUAUUCAUAAUGCACUCAAUAAUUCUCUAUUGAACUCUGCUUCCAAUAUUUGGAUACCUCUCACUUACAAUUAUGGAUAUGGUACUUAUGAUACUUCUGUAACUUUUACUGGUUAUUGUUUAGAGAAAUUCAAAAACUUGAAAGUUGUUGCUGUUGAGGAGUUUGACAAUUCAAUUUCCAAACAAAUUUCCAAUAACAAUCCAGGACUAAAGAGAUUUGAAUUAAGGCAACGAAUGCCAAACUUUGUUCAAGGAGAAGAAUUAGAACUCAUGUUGAAGAGUUUGACUGAAUUGGAAUCUUUGAGUUUGGUUGUGUGCAUGUUUACUAAGGACCCAUUUAUCAAUCAUCCACCAUCCCUUAAACUUGUUGAAUAUUACGAACCAAAUGAGUCAGAUAUGGAGUAUGGAAGAGAAAGAAAUGGAAGCAAACCUAAACAAUUUGUUUCUUGGGAUGAGUUGAGAAAUGCACACCCAGAAAUUACAUUUGUCUGUUUGAAGGAUGAUUGGCGUAAAAAGAUUCAUGAAGAAUCCUCUUGGUAA